GUGGUCCGGAAUACAACUGACACAUCUCCGUGGAAAUGCCAGGGAAAAGCUACUGCGCAUGCACCAACGUUUUUAUACACAUUAAAAUCCCCAGCCGUGUAAAUAUUUCCCAACAUCUUCCUGUGAGGCUCAUUACCUCGCAUCCGACAGGAGAUGUCCCUGCGUGUCCUACUCGCUGUCCUGUGUUGCCUCCCUCUUACUGUGGGUGACCGAGAAGAAGUCCAGAUGGUUUGUGCCGGGAAGGAAUUCCAUUUACCGGUUUACUCGACAUCAAGAACCGUCACUUUCACACCAAACCCUGCAGGACCAAGGCGCGUCCUCCUUGAGAAGACCUAUGUAAGAGACCCUCGAUUCAAAUGGACCAAAGAUAAGAUGUUGGUGCUGAAGGAUGUGACACAUGCGGACCAAGGACUUUAUUCCAUCAAACUGGGUUCUGGAUUCACCUACGAGACAGUUCGUCUGACUGUUUCAGAAUGCGUCAAGUCCAACUACAGAAAAUAUGGAGAAAACUUUGAGUACAACAUCCCCAACAAUGGCUCCGUCCUGGAGUUUGCUCCCCGAGGGACUCCGUCCGAGGCGAUGCCGAUAGUUCUGUGGAACCUCACCAACCAUGACACCAGUGUCGCGGGUCGGGGACGGCUGCUGCGAGACGGGAAGCUCUGGGUGGCUGAGAGAGUGACGCAGGCCGACCAGGGCAACUACACGGUGCGUGACGCCGAAGGCACGGUGGUGUCCCACAUCACCCUCAUCGUCGGCGGACACAUUUUCAACGUGACUCACAAUAGCAAAGGGUCUCUGGCCCUACCUCUCUUUCUCCCCGUGCCACAAGCGUACCUCAUGUUUACUGCCAUCCGACGCCCUGACGAAUCCUGGCUGGAUCCUUCAGACCCCCGUCGUGGUCCUUCGCAGCUGGUCCACGAGGGCCAAAUAACCAACCAAGACCCUCGGUUCAGGGGUCUCGUCUCGAUAGGCCGGAACGGCUCCACUAACGUGGUCGUCAUAGCGAGGUUAACCCCAAGUCACGAUGGGGUCUAUGAAAUCAGAGACAGGGACGGGAACCUGGUGUCGUCCACCUGGUUGCAGGUGACAGAAAAGGUGGACAAGUUGCGAGCCCUUUUCAAGUCCAUCACUGUCCCUUGCAGCUUGUUCCUGUCUCUGACGGGGAUAAUACUGUUCUUGAAGCGCUACCCUUGGCCCGCCUGCAACCCGUUCAACAUUCUCACGUGGUUCAGGAAAUACCGCACGCCGCAAGCACAGCCCCAGAUGGUCAACAUCCAGAAUUACAGUAAUCCAAGCCCCCAGGCUCCCGGCUACUACAAUCAUGUCCAGCAGCCUGGAACACCAAGGAAAUGGACCCCGGUUGGCAGUCCAGUUCAUACCGGUCAUACUGCUGUGAUGGGAGCGACAACGCCUCGACCCACUCCUGUUCGGGCAAAACCAGACAACCAGGCAGCGCAGGAUCUGGCUCCCGAAACAGCUAACGAGGACGAGGGGAACAUUUCCUUCCCGUUGUCCGGGGUGCCAGAUUGCCUCCGCACCUCUGAAGACUGCGUUCAAUUCCAAAUCAAGAAGAAACCGGUUCAAGAGAGAUGGAGCAAAACAAAUGAGUACUUUUCUCUGCUGCCACUGGAAACGGAUACGUCUGAAACCUGCAGUGUUUACACUUCCAAGAAGCUGAAUGUCUUGUAGUGCACGGAGGAGCAUGUGAAAAAAGUUAGGGAAAAGGCAAAGACUCACUUGUGCCUUUUUGCUAUCAAGCUUACACUGUAUUUUAAAGGCCUACUGAAAUGAGAUUUUCUUAUUUAAACGGGGAUAGCAGGUCCAGUCUAUGUGUCAUACUUGAUCAUUUUCAUAAUAUUUCCAUAUUUUUGCUGAAAGGAUUUAGUAGAGAAAAUCGAUAAUAAAGUUCGCAACUUUUGGUGCUGAUAAAAAAGCCUUGCCUGUACCAGAAGUAGCAGACGAUGAUGUCACAAGGGUCAGGGCUCCUCACGUCCUCACAUUGUUUAUAAUGGGAGCCUCUAGCGGCAAGAGCUAUUCGGACCAAGAAAACGACAAUUUCCCCAUUAAUUUGAGCGAGGAUGAAAGAUUCGUGGAUGAUGAUAUUGAUAGCGAAGGACAAAAAAAAAGCGAUUGCAUUGGGACGGAUUCAGAUGUUUUUAGACACAUUUACUAGGAUAAUUCUGGGAAAUCCCUUAUCUUUCUAUUGUGUUGCCGCUGUCUUGGAUCCGCUUUGAACUGAACUCUCGCGGCUGUGUUGGAGCCACUAAGGAUUGAACUUUCAUAGUAUCAUGUUAGACCCGCUCGACAUCCAUUGCUUUCGGUCCCCUAGAGGGGGGGGGUUGCCCACAUCUGAGGUCCUCUCCAAGGUUUCUCAUAGUCAGCAUUGUCACUGGCGUCCCACUGGAUGUGAAUUCUCCCUGCCCACUGGGUGUGAGUUUUCCUUGCCCUUUUGUGGGUUCUUCCGAGGAUGUUGUUGUCGUAAUGAUUUGUGCAGUCCUUUGAGACAUUUGUGAUUUGGGGCUAUAUAAAUAAACAUUGAUUGAUUGAGUGAUGUUGCUAAUGUUUUAGUGAGAUUAAAUAGUACCUGAUAGUCAGAGGGGUGUGUCCACGGGUGUCUUGACGCAAGUCUCUGAGGGAAGUCGACGGCAGCUGCAUGUAGAGCGCAAGCUCAGCUGAUCUCCGGUAAGAGGCGACUUUUUACCACAAUUUUCUCACUGAUACCUGACAAGUGGUCGGGAUCCAUGUUCGCUUGACCGCUCUGAUCCAGAGUAAAGUUUCACCUCUGGGAAUUUUAAACAAAACACCGUGUUUGUGUGGCUAAAGGUGAAAGCUUCCCACCUCCAUCUUUCUACUGUUUGUGUGGCUAAAGGCUAAAGCUUCCUACCUCCAUCUUUCUACUUUGACUUCUUUAUUAUUAAUUGAACAAAUUGCAAAAGAUUCAGCAACACAGAUGUCCAGAGUACUGUUUAGUUGCACGAUGAAAAGAGACGACUUUUAGCCGCAAAUGGUGCUGCGGUCCCUGCAACCCAGGACGUCACGCGCACGCGUCAUCAUUCCGCGACGUUUUCAACAACAAACUUCGCCGGAAAUUUUAAAUCUUAAUUUAGUAAAAUAAACCGGCCGUAUUGGCAUGUGUUGCAAUGUUAAUAUUUCAUCAUUGAUAUAUAAACUAUCAGACUGCGUGGUGGGUAGUAGUGGCUUUCAGUAGGCCUUUAAAUAAAUUAGUAUCCACAGUGCAUGCCAUUAUUCCGAGUGUAAUGGUAUUUUCCUGCAGCAUGAUAAGAGUAUUAACCUUUCCUGCUUCAUACUUGUCGUUUAUUUACUCAGAUGGGGCUUCAAAAGUCUCCCAUCCUCUAAUGUUACCUACCUCCAGACCCUCAGGACCACCCAGAUCUGCACAGUAUAUAUAUUUGCUGAACCUUUGAAAGUGUUUUCUCCAAGAUCAUUGUGGGGCUUCAUAGAAAUUAGACCCUGUGAUGUAAGUGUUUGCAAAAGAGAAUAGUCACUAACUGUGAAUAUUUACAAUGUUAAAUGUGUUGUAGUAUAGUUAUCUUACUAUAAUAUAACCCCGUUGGUACUGUAAUCUACAGUAUAACACGCCACAUGGAACAUUGUAAUGUAUUGUAUUGUAUCACCAAAUCUUUCCAUUUGAUGACAAUGACACAUUUUAUUUUUGUACCAUAUGUAUAUUGUUGAUUUUAAAAUAAAAAUAUAUCUCAACAGAUGCAGAUCUCACAUU